AUGGAUCAAAGAUUAGAAAAACUUGAACAGCUCCAAAAAGAUAUGCAAGAUCAGAUGCAAGAGCGGCUGGAAAAGAUUCAGCGAGAUAUGACAGAAAAGAUGCGGGAAUCCCAGAAUGACAUGAUGGCAAAGUUAACACAGCUGUUAAAAGGAGGAAAUGACAAGGGAAAUGACCAUGCAGUUAAUGAUGAAGAAGGGAAUAACGAUGAACCCAUUUACCCUCAAGGCUUUACUCCUCCGCACGCGCAUACUCAAGCUGAGCUGUACCCGCAAAGAUCCUCUGUUACAAUCAAACCCCAUCAAUUUCAGAUGAGUCCUUCAAUGCCAAUGAACUUUCAAAUCAGAGUAGGUAAUAAUCCCGGGGAGAAUCCUACCAAUCUCGUGGUUCUCGACCUCGAUGAUGUGGCAGAAGUGGAGAAAGCAAAAGUGGAUUUGUCAAAGCAAUUAGAAGACCGGUGUAAAUGGCUAGAAGAGAAGUUCAAAGCCAUGGAAAAUGUUGAUUACCACCAAGGAAUGGACGCUAAAGAUCUGAGCUUGGUACCUGAUUUAGUCCUCCCUCCCAAAUUUAAAAUGCCAGAGUUUGAGAAGUAUAACGGGAUAAGUUGUCCCGAAGCUCAUAUCACUAUGUUUUGUCGAAGAAUGACCAGGUACAUCAACAAUGAUCAACUGCUGAUUCACUGUUUCCGGGACAGUUUGAUCGGGUCAGCGGCUAGAUGGUAUAAUCAAUUGAGUUGGGCUGACAUUCACUCAUGGAAAGAUUUAGCGCAGGCCUUUAUCAAGCAGUACAGACAUGUGACGGAUAUAGCACCCGAUCAAAUUGUAUUGCAAAACAUGGAAAAGAAAUCGAAUGAGAGCUUCCGACAGUAUGCUCAGAGAUGGAGGGAGGUGGCAGCGCAAGUUCAACCACCACUUUUAGAGAAAGAGAUAACCAUGCUUUUUAUCAAUACUUUGAAAGCUCCAUUUCUCAAUCACAUGUUGGGCAGUGCUGAAAGCUUUUCAGACAUAGUGAAGUCUGGAGAAAUGAUAGAGAACGCCAUAAGGAGUGGCAAGAUAGAAGCAGGAGAAAGUACUAAAAGGACAGCACCAAGAAAGAAGGAGCAUGAGGUAAACAAUACAAGCAUGUUUAAAAAGGACCAUUCUAAAUCAAUCACGGUGGGACAAGCCAAAGCAGCAACCGCUAAUCAGCAAGGUUCUUUGAAACAGGAAUCCAAUUUAAGGCCAAAUGUAGAGAGACCUCAAUUCACACCCAUUCCAGUGACGUAUAGGGAAUUGAACCAGAACUUAUUUGAUGCACAUGUGUGGUAUGACGCAAACGCCCAAUGCGAGUAUCACGCGGGGAUUAAGGGGCACUUAAUUGAGAACUGUACUGCAUUCAAGAAGUUAGUUGAAAAACUUAUCAAUUUGGGGAUCGUAAAGAUUGGUGACUCAUCAGGACCAAACGUAGCAGGAAACUCGUUACCCAAUCAUGAUGAUAAAGGGGUGAACGCGAUAAUUGAGAAUGGAGGAAGGAGAGUCAAAGCCAACGUAGCAGAGAUAAAGACCCCCCUCGAAUGA